GCCUUAAGGCUGGAUAGCUGCUAACAGACUCACUGAGUUAUUACACGGAUCGUGGAUCAUUUCGUUACAUCCUAAAACAUGGACCGAUUGGGACCUUUUGGGAAUGAUCCUUUUGAUAAACCCCCAUGCAAAGGCUGUUCAUCUUACCUUACUGAACCAUACAUUAAAUGUGCAGAGUGUGGACCCUCUCCAUUUCUGAUCUGCCUCCAGUGCUUUACCCGAGGGUUUGAAUACAAGAAGCACCAGAGUGAUCACAAGUAUGAAAUUAUGACCUCAGACUUCCCAGUGCUGGAGCCUGGGUGGACAGCGCAAGAAGAAAUGGCUCUUUUAGAAGCAGUUAUGGAUUGUGGAUUUGGAAACUGGCAGGAUGUGGCAUAUCAAAUGCGUACAAAAAACAAAGAAGAAUGUGAGAGCCACUACAUGAAGAAUUUCAUCAAUAAUCCCCUGUUCUCCUCCACCUUACUCAGCCUGCAAAAAACUAAAGACUCACACUUUGCAGAUACAGCAAUUCCAUUUAGACCCACAGAUGACCCACCUCGUCCUACCUUUGAGUCAGUGUUGUCUCGGGAUAUGGCUGGAUACAUGCCUGCAAGAGCUGACUUCAUGGAGGAGUUUGACAACUAUGCAGAAUGGGACUUGAAGGACAUCGACUUUGUGGAUGAUGACUCCGAUGUCUUACGUGCGCUAAAGCUGGCAGUUGUUGAUAUAUAUCAUUCAAGAUUAAGGGAGCGGCAAAGAAGGAAAAAGAUUAUCCGAGAUCAUGGUCUCAUCAACUUGCGGAAAUUUCAGAUACUGGAGCGUUGUUACCCAAAAGAAGUGCAAGAAAUGUAUGAUGUGAUGAGGCGCUUUGCUCGUGUGGUGGGACCAAUGGAACAUGACAAAUUCAUUGAAAGCAAUGCAUUGGAGUUUGAGUUGAGGAAGGAGAUUCACCGGCUACAGGAGUACAGAAAAGCUGGAAUCAAGUCUUUCUGCAGUGCAAAGGUCCAUGAUCGUGUGAAGCGUGUGCGAGAGGAAGAGCGCAGAAAGAGGACCAUGCUGUCGGAUGUGCUGCAGUAUAUACAGGAUAGCCGGGCGUGCCAGCAAUGGCUUAGCAAACAAGCUGCAAUUGACGCUGGCAUUACUCCACCUGUCACAACGCUCACGGUCUCAGCAUCAGGUAGGCGCAGUGCCCCUCCCCUGAACCUCACAGGACUGCCGGGAACAGAGAAGCUCAAUGAGCGAGAGAAAGAGCUGUGCCAGGUGGUUCGCCUGGUGCCAGGGGCCUACCUUGAGUAUAAGCAAGCUCUCCUGAAUGAAUGCAGACGGCAAGGGGGGCUACGACUCGCUCAAGCCAGAGCACUAAUCAAGAUUGAUGUCAACAAGACUCGCAAAAUAUAUGACUUUCUCAUCAAGGAAGGCUACAUUACUAAGGCCUGAAGACACUGUGGACACUAAAUGCUACAGAUUUUUUUAUAUAUCAUUGUACUGUAAAAGAAUUGUAAGAAAAUGUGUUCAAUUGCUGCUCUUUUAAAAUAUAUUAUAUGUAAAUGUUUCUUUUGUA